CCAACGGGUGGCGGUUAGCCCGGGUGCGAGGGCCCUUUCAUAGCUGCUUCAUAGCUUUAAUUGCUAUUAUUACUCUAAUUAAUUCACAAAAUAAUGUGCUUAUUCAUUACAGAUGUUCAGUUCCGGAAAAGUGGCCAAGUUAUACUAUGAUGUUGCCUCUCCUUACUCCUGGCUGGCAUUUGAGGUGCUGUUUCGGUAUAGAAAUGUUUGGAACAUCGACAUCGAACUGAAACCAGCAUAUAUACGAGGAGUCUUAAAUGGCUCAGGUAACCGGGCUCCUGUAUUGAUCCCUAAUAAGCUUCUGUACAUGGCCUCAGAUCUGAAGCUGCUGUCUGAGUACUUUGGGGUCCCUAUGUUUCAACCUCCAAACAUUUAUGAGAAAGACUCUUUGAAUGCGAUGCGUUUUGUGACAGCUGUAGCAGAGAAGGACAAAAAGGGAGACGUGCUGGAGAGGGUGUCUAGAGAGCUCUGGGAAAGAAUGUGGCACACUCAUCAGGACAUUAUGCAGCCUGCCUCACUCACUGAGGUGGGAUUAAAGGCAGGUCUCUCAGCCAGUGAGGUGGAGAAAAUUCUGACCCUUGCCAAAUCUCAGCCAAUCAAAGACAAGCUGAAGAGUGUCACACAGGAAGCACUGGAGAAUAAGUGCUUUGGUCUUCCAUUCAUUGUGUGUCAUGUGAACGGAAAGGCUAAGGUCUUCUUUGGUUCUGAUAGAUUUGAGCUCAUGGCUUAUUUCAUUGGUAACUAUAAGGAAUGUAGAUGGUUAACUGAUUAACUGAUUAACCAUCAACUUGUUUGACUAAGCCAUCUUUUUUUCACAUUUUAAUAACAUUUAUGUUUUCCUUUUUAUAUUUAGAAAGGCUACACCAACUACUGUCAUGAUAAAAAUAAUAAACAAUACAAUUAUUUAAAAAGCUGUUAUCUCUCGCAAGAUGAGUGAAGUAUGGUGUGUUAUUCAUGCUUUGAUUGGUGAUAUUUUAUGCCUAUACCACUCUUCAGUCAU